GUUUCAACUCCAGCUUUGGCUCUCAUCAGGAACCUUUGACUUUCCUCACUGCGCAAAAGCAUCAUGAGUUGUCAGAUCUCUUACAGAUCUCGAGGAGGAGGAGGAAGAAAAGGAGGAGGAGGAUUCCAAGGCUUCAGCAGUGGCUCAGCCAUAGUCUCUGGCAGCCGGAGAUCGACCUCUGGCUUUUCCUGCUUGAGCCGCCAUGGUGGUGGCGGAGGAGGCUACGGUGCAGGCGGCUUUGGCAGUCAGAGUGUUGUUGGCCUUGGAGGGAGCAAGAGCAUCUCCAGUAGUGUGGCUGGAGGAGGUGGAAGCUUUGGUUCCACCAGUGGAUUUGGUGGCAGAGGAGGUGGCUUUGGAGGCUUUGGAGGUGGCAGUGGCUUUGGAGGCGGUGGUUUUGGUGGAGGCAGCUUUGGAGGUGGCAGAGGACCUGGAGGUUUUGGGGGUCCUGGUGGCUUCGGGCCUGGAGGAUUCCCUGGUGGAGGUAUCCAUGAAGUCUCUAUCAACCAGAGCCUCCUGCAACCCCUUGAUAUCAAAGUAGACCCAGAGGUCCAGAAUAGAAAGUCUCAGGAGCGGGAACAGAUCAAAUCUCUCAACAACAAAUUUGCCUCCUUCAUUGACAAGGUGCGCUUCCUGGAGCAGCAGAACCAAGUACUGGAGACCAAAUGGGACAUGCUACAACAGAUUGAUGUGAAAUCCCGCACCAUCAACCUGGAGCCCAUGUUCCAGGCCUUCAUCAGCCAGCUCCACAAACAGUUGGAUGGGCUCUCUGUAGAAAAAAACUCACAGGAGUCAGAGCUGAACCAUAUGCAGGAUCUUGUGGAAGAGUACAAGAAAAAGUAUGAGGACGAAACCAACAAGCGCACAAGUGCUGAGAAUGAUUUUGUAACACUUAAAAAGGAUGUAGACAAUGGCUACAUGAACAAGGUGGAUCUACAGGCCAACGUAGACAUACUGACCCAGCAGAUUGACUUCCUGAGAACGAUCUAUGAGUUGGAGAUGUCCCAGACACGAGAGACUGUCACUGAAACCAACGUUACCUUGUCCAUGGACAACAAUCGCAGCCUGGACCUGCAAGGCAUUAUCGCUGAGGUUAAGGCCCAAUACGAAGAUAUUGCACAGAGGAGCAAGACUGAGGCUGAGAACCUGUACCACAGCAAGUAUGAGGAGCUGCAGAUCACUGCAGGAAAACACGGAGACAGCUUGAAAGAGCUCAAGAUGGAGAUCAGUGAGCUGAACCGCAUGAUCCAGAGACUUCAAGGGGAGAUCUCACAUGUGAAGAAGCAGUGUAAAACUGUACAAGAGUCCAUUGCUGAUGCUGAGCAGCGUGGAGAGAAUGCCAUCAAAGAUGCCCAGAACAAACUCACAGACCUAGAGGAUGCCCUGCAGCAGGCUCGGGAGAACCUGGCCCGGCUGUUGCGUGACUAUCAGGAGCUGAUGAAUGCCAAGCUGGCCCUGGACAUCGAGAUUGCCACCUAUCGCAAGCUACUGGAAGAAGAGGAGUGCAGGAUGUCUGGAGAAUUCAGUGACAAUGUGACUGUGUCCGUGACAAGCAGCACCAUCUCUUCAAAUACAUCAUCCACAAGUGGCUUUGGAGGCCAAGGUUCUGGAGGCAGAGGAUCCAGUCAUGGAGGAGGAGGAGGAGGAUACAGCUCUGGAAGUAGCAGUUAUGGUUCUGGAGGCAGAAGAUCAGGCUCCAAAAGUGGUGGAGGAGGCUCUGGUUCUGGCAGUUCCAUAGGAGGCUCCAGUUUAGGAGGAGGAUAUGGCUCUGGCAGUGGUUCUGGAGGUGGUAGAGGGGGUUCAGGAGGUGGAUAUGGCUCUAGUGGUGGCUCUAAAGGAGGAUAUAGCUCUGGAGGAGGGGUCAGCUCUGGAGGAGGAUUCAGCUCUAGUGGUGGUUCCAGAGGAGGCUCUAGCUCUGGAGGGGGAGUUUCUAGCUCUGCAAAGGGGAGUUCUGGCUCAGGAAAAGGUCACGGUUCUGGUGUGACCUUCUCUUUUAGAUAAAGAUGAGGGUCCUCUCUUGGCUCUUCCACUCUAGAAUGUGGAAGCCUGUUUUUGUUCCUCUAACUGAGAACAUGACAAAUUUUUCAUCCACCUCUGAUGGCACUGAGGGGGAAAUGGAUGCUCAUAUACAGUUUUUGAAAGGUCUUCCUUCCAAACCAACUACUACAGUUAGGGACACCAACACCCAUUGUUUUCUGCAGGAAGAAUCUGCAUUCCAAGUUUGUCUUCCAGCCAUGCCCCACUCCUGGUUCCUCUGCCUUCUUGCUUUUCCCACUUGAGGGUCCUUUUCCAGAAGGAUAUUCUAUUGAGGACCCCAGGGCAACCCACUGAUGUCAUCUCAAAGCCCAUAUCGCUCUCAUGGAGGUGCCCCAGAAAAGGGUGCUUCUGUGUACAUAGUCCCCUCUUGUUGAUUCUGCUUUCUGAGUGCUGUGGUCUGGGUGUCUGCACAAUAAACUUUAUUUGCAACUCA